AUGGUGCAACUGUCCAAUUCACUCUUGUUCGCACUCGCAGGCGUAGCCGCCCAUGCUGCUGCGAUACCGCUCAGGAAGCGCAUCGCCCAGACAAUCGCUGAUUCAACGACCAACUGGGAGGCUGCUUGCGAUUCCGCAGGUGGAGGCGCGCAAUGCAACACAAUCGCCGUCAAUGCGUUCGAGACGCUCCUGAUCGCCGCGAACGUCUGUGCACAGCAGGACGCGGCCGACACGAUGAUCACCCUCGGCAAGUCACUCAACAGCGACGACAUGAUCUCGCUCGCCCAACUGUUCGCGCAGCAGCCGCGCAACUCGCCUGACGCGCUCGCCGUGCCGUAUUGCCAGAGCGCGCCGAACAACACCGAGCUGGAGGGAUUCUACCAGUGCCAAUGGCAGGGCUCGAAUCAAGAGAGCUUCGUCGGUGGCCUCACGCUCGGCGAGGCAGGGACGAUCCCUUUCGGCCUCACCGCGGCCGUCUCGCCCCUCGGCUCCUGCCCUGCACAGACCUCCGGCCCGGUCGCGGACGGCGACCAGCUCACAAGCACCACCACCAACCCUGGCACAGCGGCGACUGGCGAUAGUACGGGCAACAACACCUCAAGCGACACCUCGGCUUCCGCAUCGGUCGUAGCUUCUACCUCGGCCGUGUCGACGUUGGUCGCUGCAUCCACCGCUGCCGCUGCUACCACGAGUGCCGUUACUGUCGACAGCAUUACGGCGACUGCGACUGCGACGGCGGCCAGCAGCAGCAGCUCUAGCAGCAGCAACUUCCUGCUAGCGAACGGCGAGGAUGCGCAGCAGCAGAACGCCGAGUUCGCGACGCUCACCGCCAACUCUUCCUGCACUGAGGGUGAGGACGCCUGCGUCAACGGCGAGUUCGCACAGUGCAUAAGCGGCGCCUACGUCCUCCAGAGCUGCGGCUCCGGCCUGAGCUGCUACGCGCUCCCACUCGUGAACAGUGUCGGGACGUCGAUCACGUGCACCACCGAGUCGGACGCGGAGACCCGGAUCACAGCUACCGGCGCGACGGGUGGCGUGACGGGCAGCAACUUUUCGAGCGCGUCGUCAUCCGUGGCGGUCGCGUCGUCUUCGGCCACGUCCUCGGCUGCGGCGACGAGCGCGAGUGUGAGCGCCGUGUCUGCGGCGAGCAGCAGCAACUUCCUCCUCGCGAAUGGACAGCAGGCACAGCAGCAGAACGCCGAGUUCGCCUCACUCACGGAGAGCUCGAGCUGUACCGACGGCGACGAAGCAUGCGUGAACGGCGAGUUUGCGCAGUGCGUGGACGGCGCGUACGUCCUGCAAAGUUGCGGCUCCAGCCUGACGUGCUUGGCGCUCCCACUCGUGAACAAGUCCGGCACGUCGGUCACCUGCACGACUGAGUCGGACGCGGCUACCCGUAUAGCGGCCACCGGAGCCACGGGCGGCGUCACGGGCAGCUGCUGA